AGAGGAGGAGGCAGGAAAAAAGGCAACUUCAGACGGAAAGUUGGUGCGAACUGGCGCAGUCGGCAAAAACGGAAAAGUCGAUCGCAGGCGGCGGCUGCAUAAAAGUGUGAGCGGCCCCCGGCCAGCGCGACAGGCGGCGGCUGGCUCUGCCCUCCGGGUGGCCGCGCCGGCGCCCGAGGCACAGCCACAGGUGCCGAGGGGCUCGCGGGAGGCGAGAGGGCGCCCUGCGCACCCCGCCCCCAGCCCCCACCCCCAGCCCGGGACUUCAGCUCAAGUCACUCGGCGUCCGAGCUCCCUCCCCAGCCGCAGCCUCCGCAGGGGGAGCAGGAGCAGGAGCAGGAGCAGGCGGGGAGCGGCCAGCGCGUGCCCGCCCAGGGGAGUUGGGGUUCGCAGGGGGUUGUUUUCGGCUCUGAGGAGGUCCCCGCCCAACCUUCAAAAUUUUGUCCAAAAGCAGACAAGAGGAUCGCCCCGCGCUGAGCCGGCUGGUGGGCAGCAGGAGGCGCCUGAUCGCCGCCGGGGCGCUGGGGGUGGUGAUGGUGCUGCUGCUGGUCAUCCUCAUCCCGGUGCUGGUGAGCUCGGCCGGCACGUCGGCGCACUACGAGAUGCUGGGCACCUGCCGCAUGGUCUGCGACCCCUACGGGGGCACGAAGGCGCCCAGCACGGCCGCCACGCCCGACCGCGGCCUCAUGCAGUCCCUGCCCACCUUCAUCCAGGGCCCCAAAGGCGAGGCCGGCAGGCCGGGGAAGGCGGGCCCGCGGGGGCCCCCCGGGGAGCCCGGGCCGCCGGGUCCCGUGGGCCCUCCGGGCGAGAAGGGCGAGCCCGGCCGCCAAGGCCUGCCGGGCCCGCCCGGGGCGCCCGGCCUGAACGCGGCCGGGGCCAUCAGCGCCGCCACCUACAGCACGGUGCCCAAGAUCGCCUUCUACGCCGGCCUCAAACGGCAGCACGAAGGCUACGAGGUGCUCAAGUUCGACGACGUGGUCACCAACCUCGGUAACCACUACGAUCCCACCACGGGCAAGUUCACCUGUUCUAUCCCGGGCAUCUACUUCUUCACCUACCACGUCCUGAUGCGCGGAGGGGACGGCACCAGCAUGUGGGCUGAUCUCUGCAAAAACAACCAGGUGCGUGCCAGCGCCAUCGCCCAGGACGCGGAUCAGAAUUACGAUUACGCCAGUAACAGUGUGGUUCUUCAUUUGGAGCCAGGAGAUGAAGUCUACAUCAAAUUAGAUGGCGGGAAAGCCCACGGAGGAAAUAACAACAAAUACAGCACAUUCUCUGGAUUUAUUAUUUACGCUGACUGAUAACGCAGAAACGAAGCUUUAUGGUUCUGAGUCUGGACGCUGGAUUCAUGUGGCUAACGUCAGUGAAUCAAGGAUCCCAGGGGAUGCCGGUUGCGGGGCGCCUCAGUUGUGUAUAUGUGCGGAAUUCAAAUGCUACCUGACUCACAUCUGUAUACUCAGAAACAUUCUGUAAAAAAAAAAAAAAUAUAUAUAUAUAUAUUAAAAGCAAGAUAAGCAGAUGUGUUAUCCAGUUACCGCCAAAGCAAAUUCUCCUCCUUAUCGUUAGUGUCCGUGUGAAUGAAGUCCUAUAUAGAUCACAAAUUUUUAUAGAAAAAUCUAAGACACUGAAUUAUUUCUCCGAUAUCUAUGAUACUUUGGUGUACUGUGACUCUGCUCCUUUCAUCCUUAUGUCAGCUUUGGUUCUUGUGAGUUUUCUUGCUUUUAUGAUACUUGGAGUCCAUUCAUAGUGUGGGGAGAAUGAUUUUACCCUGCAGGAGAAGGUCUAAUUGAAAUAAUGCUGCUUGUCCCCAAAGAAAUUGUUUGCCUUGUACUUUUGUUAACUUUAGAGCUAGUCCUGGGAAUGAUUCAACUUCAAGCCUUAACCUGGAAUUUUCUGGAUUUGAGGGAAUUCCCAAGCCUAUGAUCAGUUUCGCAUUUUCUUUUUCCUGCGAGUUUUCUUUCCUCUCCUUUCCGGUGAUGAUCUUUUAAAACUGGAGAUCGAAAUUGUAUCAUAGGAUUACCCUCUAAGUGUGCAAGUGUGUAAUUAUGUAUGGUAUUUAGAAAAUCCCCUGUGUGUCCAUUUUGUCAGUAGAAUGCCUGUAGAUUUACUUAGAAAGUCAGAGAAAUUUAUUCUUUGGUGUUAAAUCAGACUACGGCUUUUGCUUUCUUUGGAACAAAAGAUUAUUCAUAAACCCAAUGCACAAAGGUUUAAUUUGAGCUACUGCAUGGGUCACCAAGAGGACACUCAGUAAGGCCUUCGAAUAGUUACUACAAGUCCUGGCCUGAGAUUAUUUCAAAAGGAAUAAUUUCCCAUGUAACCAAUAUGACCACAAAGUCUAUAUAUUUUAUACAAAUACCUGCUACAUAUACAUGUCUUUGUGUGUACACACACACACACACGUUAGAUGAAAUAUACAUAUAUAUAUAUAUAUGGCUUCAGACUCGUGGCUUUUUAGCUUCAAAACUUUAAUUUAAAAAAGUAUGUGUAUAUAUACACACAAACACACAUAAAUCAGUUGACUUAUUUUGGAUCGAAAUAUAUUUUGGAUUACAAAAGUGUAUGGAAUAGCAAAAUAAUUUAAAUGACCUCUCUUUUAAGAGUUACCCGGAAACUUAAAUUUUACUAGGUUAAAAUGCCCUAUACAUCACGUCUGUAAAUUAAGCCUAUGGUUUCUUUAUUACCAUAUGCCAAUCAAUAUUCCCACUGCGUUCUGUGUCAGACUGUUACUGUUCGGACUGCAGAAACUAAGUGGCUCUUUUGCGUUGUCUAUGAAUUAUAUGCAUUUGAAUGAUCACUUUUUUCUUUUUUUCUCAGGUGGAUUAAAGCUGACAGUAAAGUAGGCUCCAAGAGUAGUGCAAAUCAUUUCUCUCUGGUUAAAAUACACUGCCAAAAGCCAUCUCUUUAAUCUAAGAAAAAGAUUAAAAAUGCAUGUUGAUAUAUCCUCACUAUCAGACAACUUCCACUAUUACAAUGAAAAAUCUGUCCUUCCCCCCUCUGCCCCCAGUUGCCUUUGAAGGCUCUGACAAGUAGAUUUCAAAAACAGGGAUUUAAAAAUCUGCUUGUUUUACUGGUGAAGGGCAUUUGCAUUUUUUCAUUUAAAGGAAUUAGUUUGUUCUCCUGGCUCGUUCCUCUUGGGCACUUUAUGUUCCAAUACACAGAAAGCUUGAUGGUUUUUGAGCCAUAGGAAUAUCUUGUGUUUAGUAACGUCACCUUUCCAGAAGAGUUAUGCAUGGUGUUCCCAUCUGAAGGUGCUGUUUGCUUGGUGUAAAUGCCGUGGUCGGAGUCUCUGUCAUGAUCUCUAUGAUCAAAAACACCUAGCCCGUUCAUCAGGAAUGAUGACUAAUUCUGCGUGGCCUUUCCAGUGUGUUAGAGAGCUCAUAAUGGGGUUUCAACGAAUUUAUUUCUGUUUAACAACACAUAUUUAUCAAAGAGGAAUUGGCAGCUGGGGGGUGGAGAGUUUGGGUUUUUUUGUUUGUGUGUUUGUUUUUGGUUUGUUUGUUGGUUUUGGAAACAAAUAGCAUAAUGAGGAAUCAACCAAAAGAUUAAUUUAUAAACAGCAAUCAAAUAAGAUUUUUAAAGAGACUUUAUUUACACAAAACAUCAGGGCUGGGUACCUUUUGAGGAGUAGGCUCUAGAAUCAGAAUGUCAUUUCUAAUAGAUCUGACCUUUUCUUCAGAUAACUAAGCAUUAUAUUCUCUGUUGAGGCCCAAGGAAAAACAAAUAAAAGGUAAGGGAAAUAAAGGAAAUACACACACAUAUAUAUAUAUAAGGCAAACAUUUCUCUUUUUUUGCAUUAUAGAUUAUUAAUUAAACUGUGGCCUUUGUUAUAAAUGUAAUGAAUCAUUAAACUAUAUUACGUAAUAUAUUUGGACUUUUACGAUUGAAUGUUUAUAAUUCAAUAUUAUAUGUUCAUGCCCCCUUAUACAAAUGUUUUAAAAUAACAGAGCUUUACAGCAAAAAUGGAUACCAGUAAGCCACAGGCAACAAAACUGAUUUAUUACCAGUGAAUAUGGAUAGGUCGACAGCUACUACAAUAUAUAAUUAAUAUAAUUAAGCUUCAACAAUAUUUUUACCAUUGUGAAUUGGUGAUUGUAUUACAGUAUCCUUUGGGGGGAGAAAGGUCUCAAAAUUUAACUUCCCAUGCUGCAGAAGCUAUUUUAACGUGCCAUAUUAUUCAUUAAGCAUUAAUUAAAGAACAGCAGGAUAAUUAGUAGGAUCAUCAAUAUUACAGGAAACAUUAGAUUGCUCCAGAAGGGGGUAAUUUAACUAGAAACGCUUUAAAUUUCCUCAAGUAGUGCAGCGGAUAGAUUAAGAAACCAAAACAAAGGAAAACUCCGCUAACGGGGAUCCAGACUGUAAAUCACUGGAAACAGGCACUGCUGUAUUUAUUUGAAGGCAAAACAAGAGGGCUCGAACAGGUCAGUAACUUCCUAAAGGUACCCGUGUAAUAGCUGCUUUCUGAGAAGGGAACAUUUCUAAUUCUCAUAAAGAGGAAAUGCUCUGUCAUUCAUCCUACAUGGCUCUGAUUAAUAUCUCACAGCAGGUUUGAAAUCACUGAAACGUCCUCUGCGCGCUUCCUACGCAAGGUGUGAAUUCAUGCACAAGCAUCCUACUUGAAAGUUAGCCACUGCUUAGGGUUCUCUAUCAGUAUCUUAUCAAGCGCAUUCUCAGUGAUCCCUCUAAGCAACAUUUUAGGAACGAUGUUGGUAAGUAUAUGAGAGUAGCCGUGACCUCCAUACUUCAUCAGCCGAUGCUUCGUAUGUAUGUCGUGCGCCAUCAGAAUUCGAUCUUCAUAGCCUUCAUCCACCAGAAGACGCACUCUGUGAAAAAUGUUAACUCAUUAUAGGACAUUCGUCUCACUUUUAAAAUUAUCAGGGUGCUUUAAACUUUUUACUCGUAAACCUGUUGUGCUUGUUGUAGAGAAACUGCCUUCCGCUAUGGCAUGUGUCCUGGGAGACCCUUAAUAAAGAUUGCGUGGUGAAGAUAAAGAUAA